AUGAAGGAAGGGCAAUGGAGCAACAGGACAUCAUCCAUGGAUUUUGUGCUGCUGGGAAUAAGUGAUGCCCCCACACUCCAGAACCUUCUUUUUCUCCUCUUGCUUAUGAUCUACUCAGUCACCAUGGCUGGGAACGUCCUCAUCAUUGUGCUGGCUCAUCAUCUGCACACCCCCAUGUAGUUUUUCCUGGGCAACCUCUCCUCCUUGGAGACCUGCUACAGCUCCACCAUCCUGCCAUGGUUACUGGUCAGCUUCCUGACUGGGGACAGCACCAUCUCUGCUCAUCUCUGCAUGGCUCAGUUCUAUUUCUUUGGUUCCUUUGCGGCUACUGAGUGUUACCUGCUGGCAGCCAUGUCCUGAGAUCGGUACUUGGCCAUAUGCCAGCCCUUGCUCUAUGCAAGCCUCAUGCCCUGGAAGGUCUCUAUAUGUCUGGCAGCUGCAUCUUGGCUUUGGGGUUCAUUGUUGGUGGUAGUAGUCACAGUCUUCUUAUCCCAGUUGCAGUUCUGUGGCCCCAAGGAGAUUGAUCACUUCUUCUGUGAUUUUACCCCAUUGCUGGAGCUGUCCUGCAGUGACACCAGCGCAGUCAGAAUUGUCUGUUAUAUAUUUGGCAUGUUGGAUGUAGUUUUUCCCUUCCUGUUCACACUGGCCUCCUACAUGUGCAUCGUAGCUGCCAUCCUGAGGAUCCCAUCCGGCACAGGCAGGCAGAAGGCCUUCUCCACUUGCUCCUCUCACCUCACCAUCAUCACCAUUUUCUAUGGCACCCUCUUUGUUGUCUACAUGCUGCCCAGAACCGCCCCGCUGAGGCAGCUCAACAGAGUGUUCUCCUUUUCCUACACCAUCCUCACACCCUUGGUCAAUCCCCUCAUCUACAGCCUGCGGAACAGGAAGGUCAAGGAGGCCAUCAGAAGAGUUCUCAGGAAAGCCCUGGCUUGCACCUAG